AUGGAUCCUUGGCCGCUAAAAAGUAGAGCGUUAACUCCUUCAAUUUUGUGGUACCAAGACGAUGGUUUUGUUGUUUUAAGAAUCAUGUUAAUUGAUGUUGAUAAAUUUUUCUUGGACAUUGAUUUAGAACGUCUCAAGUUCAGUACCAUUCACAACGACAAUAAUUAUUAUUUAUGUUUGUAUUUAUUUGGGGCGAUAAUUCCUGAAAAAUCAAUUGUUCUUAAUCUUGGAAGAGAACUUCGGAUAAAAUUCACGAAAGCUUUUAAAUUUCUCAAGUGGCCUAGAUUAGAAGUGAGUAAAUUUAAAAAUCCACAGAUUACUAUUGAUAAAGAGAAAUACGAAGAAACUAAAUGGACUUUAAGAAGAGUUAAUCUUCCUGAUGAUAGCAACGAUGAAUCAGAUGAUGAGAGAGAUGCUGUUCUUAGUGAUUAA